AGUCCCUGUGUUCAGAGAUUCAAAUGCGGCGACGAGGAGUUGCUUCUGUGCUGAAACUGUGCCAGAAGAUGUUGCAGCAGAGCCAGUUGAGUCUGGUGGCGGAAACAAGCCCCGAAACGGAGCAGCACCGAGAGGCCCUGCAGCUGAUGUCAAUCAACCUGGAGAGAAGGUGGGAGGCCAUAGUGAUGCAGGCACUACAGUGGCAGAACAGACUGAAGAGGGAGCUGGGAGAGCAGGUUAAUGGAAACAUUCUGGAAAAAGGCUUAGUGAGCCUGGACAAGAUUACCCCAGUAUCACUGGACUCUGUGGCAGGGGCACCAGAUGACUCGUGGGAAUGGGAUGAAAUAGAUAUGACCGUCAUGGAAGCAGAGCAACAAGACGUACUACAACCUGACCUUACCACAAACCUCCCCAUAACUGUACAAUCAAAUUUGCCCUCAGACACUCAGUCCAAUGAGAUUGAAAUGGAUAUCCAAGACACAGAGCAAAAGAAGAUGUCAUCACUGGAAGUGCAGCACAGUGUUAACUCUGAUUCUCCCCCAAAAAAUAACAUAUAUCAGGUUUACAGCCUCCACAAUACUGAAUUAUGUAAUCCCCCUACAUUUUCACCAACUUUUACACUAAGGUACAUAAAUAAACCUCUAACAAACAAAGAACAUGUUUUGUUGAAGAGUAUGAGUAAGGAUUCUUUGUUGUCUUCCAAUGAAACCCUUCCAGACCUCUUGGGAGGUUUGAUGAAGAAUAGCCAGCAACAAAAGGGGAUCAGUGAUGUUUGGAAUAAUGAAAGUGAGAGUGGCAGAAGAAGUGAGAAGUCGGAAAAUGUUCUAGGAUCGGAUUGCGAGAGCGGGAUUGUAAGUGACAAUGGAGAUUCAGAGACAUCAACACACUCCAAACUGGAUAAGGAUGUAGAAAAACAAGAAAAAAGAGACCUGGGGAAGGUUGAUGAAAAUCAAGAACAUUAUAAUUAUAAAAGAAGCAAGAUGGGAAUUUGUAAAAAUUUGGAGGAAUGGGAAAUGAAAGAGGUGAGAUGGGAACCCCAAGGAAACAGGCAGGAGGAGGAAAAGAAGGGGUGCAAAGAGGAAGGAGGGGAGGCUGUUGAAAUAGUAAUCAAUGGACAGGGAAUUCUGACCCCUGCAAAUUCAGACUCUGACCUUGAUGUAAAAGAACUUGAUGGCUCCUUCAAGAUUUUCAUGACCUCAGGAGACAAGUCAGAGUUUAAUAGUUACCAUUAUAAUAGUUUUCCAACGCCACAAUCAAUCAACAGGAUAUUAAGUCCAGAUUUGUCUCAGAGCUCUUCUUUUGAGUCUCUGUUGGCUCUGGGUAUUGAACUAUUCCCGUCUAAAGAACGUCUCCAUCAAAGCACGUCUUUGGAAAGUUUCCUAAAUCAGUGCAAUAGUCCUGACAAGGUGGAGGCAGGCAGUGUCACGAGUCCCAGUCUGCUGAACCAAGUACAGGAGGAACAUAAUAAUAAGGCUGGAUCAAGAGGAAACAUACAUAUUGUAACCGAGACAUCUGGGGAUCUUAGCCAAAAAACACUUGACCUCCUGAAACGUUUGGAGAACAUUCAGAAUCCUCUGGUGGGGAAAAUGACACGCAGCGUCUCUGACAUGUCAAUUCAAAGCAGCGCCCCACAAAACAACCAGUUACCUACUUCCCCCUCUUUAGGUUGCCAAAACACCCCACUCUCUGGAAUCUUAAGCACUUCAUGGAAAGAUGAGCGAAUGCUAAUGAAUGAGACUUUAUCAAAAGUAUCACUUAACGAAGUGAGUAGCACAAAAGACUCAUCUCUGGAAUCUGAGGACUUUGUCAGACUCAGAAAUCAGUAUCACCGUUUUCUAGAUCCAAGCAUGGCAGCUAGUGCCACAUCCAGUUCUCGUAGGAAACAUUGCUACAACAGCAAGAGGGGCGGUAAAGGUGUAGAUGAGUCUGAUGCUGCCAGUUUAAGCAUGGUGGUAAACGUCUCAUGCACUUCAGCAGGCACAGAUGAAGAUGACAGUGAUCUGCUUUCUUCCUCCACACUGACACUUUCUGAAGAGGAACUUGGUGUUCGGAAGGAACAGGAUGGCUGCGACAAGAGGGUAAAUGGCGUAUUUACCGGCAUUGAGGAUGAGGAGGACAAUGAUGAAGAUGACAUAGACACAUCCUAUGAACUAGGGCUGGAGUAUAUGAAGACAGAAUUACAGAGGUGGAUACGCUCUCCCUGCACCUUUGCUUCCUCCUCAGUCAAAGUAGAGGCAGGACUUUUAGAUGAGUUGCAGUGCGAAAGCACUCCAUCCUCUACUUUCACACGUUCACCUUCACAAUUAACAGAAACCUAUAGUCAGGAUGGGAACAAUACAAGUAGAAAAGCACACAAGAACAAAGUCAAUGUGAGAAAAAGCUAUAUCAGCCAGUUUGCAGAUGACGUGGAGAACGGAAAUAUAGACCACAACUGUUUACAUGUAAAAGAUGAAGAUGAUGAUCUUCUCCAAGAAGAAUCCGGCUUGUUCACUAAGAAAAGACAUACUGUAAAGGAGUUAUAUAUGAAUACCAAAUCAGAAGAGCCAGUCCAAGAUGGUGGCGACUUGAGAGCUGAAAAUGAUUCAAGUUUAACAAGAUAUAUUUGUUCAUCCCCUACCAGGGAUCACCAUCCCCUCUCUUCUAAGCGUGCUUCUUGUUUGGUGGGUGAGUUGAGGGGGGAGCUCCCCUGCCAUAGCACCUCCCUUCCUUCACCUCCUUUUCAGCCUACAGCCGACGGUAGAUCUCAUAGUUCGAUAGACAAAAGCCUCUCGAAUGCUGGACGUAAAGCCAUCACCAUUCGAGAGAAGUUUAAGUUCUCAUCACUGGUGACAGAGGAGACAAGGAGGGAAAUCAGAGCAAAAGAUUCAUCGCUGGCUUUGAAAAAGGGAAAUGAAUCACAUUUGUCCUGCUGUAAUCCCUCUGUCCUGUCAACCCAUCCGCAAAGCAGAAAUGAAUGCAAAGGGGAGAAUGCUCAUCACUUUGUAACUGAGGUUAUUGACAAAGCCUCUAUUGCACUGAAAAACAAAAAGAAUAAGUCAGAUGGAGAAAACCUGAGGGAGACCACUGGCUCUAUGCAAGACCCAUCCUCCGCAUCAUUAACACACAUCCGAGACAAGGUGCUUCAGCAAUGCCACAGGCCUCUCCAACUUCGGAAUGGAGACUUCUACUCCUACCUGUCACUCUCCUCCCAUGACAGCGACUGCGGUGAGGUCAGCCAGUGUGGUGAAGAGACGAGCUUGACUCCUGUGCCCUACAGCCUCCCAUCCUGUUUCAAACUGACACAAAACCUAAACAAUCUAAGACCCAAACUCAGCACCACACAGCCAGCAAAUUCAAUCCAAUCACCUCUCUUGACCAAAUCCUCUUCACCUCAUUUGACACCUGAGAACAAUGUUGGCCUGUUGGAUUUAAAGUGUUUUGACGGUGAAACUUGCAGUGGCCCUGGUGAAAGCCAAGCAGAGGAGUCUAAUAGCCCAUCUGUUUCCGUACCUAGCAGUCCUGACAUUAGGAAUGAAGAGACUCUGUUUAAAGCCUGUACAGAGGAAGUUUAUCUAGGCCCUCCUCUUUGCUACAGCAUUUUGGUGAAAAAUAAAUCUUUACCAUUCCAGCAUAAAGUGUGUUUGGAUACCUCUUCGGCUAGUGGCUAUGAGCUGACUGAAAACCCAAUUUGUUUGUCCCUAAUAGAGCCAAAUUCAGAGGAGGACAACAGGCUGACUGACCCGUCUUUGACCAAACAAGACUCUGGCUGCACAAAGGAAACACAGAACCUCUGUCCUCCUGUUUCCGAACCUUAUAACAGAUCAUUUUCCAACUCUUUGCUCUUGAAAGGCAACUCGAGUUUUCCAGGUGACAACCUUUUUUCUCCUGUGCCUGUUUCAACGAUUGCAAAAGAAGAAAAGCUCGGGGAAGACCUGUACCUGUCCUCUGAUGGUGUUGCAGGAAGAGUCUUCACUGCUGCGAAUGUCGGCAUGCCGCAGGAGGAGAGAAGUUGUAAUGAGGGGUCUUCUUAUCUUAAUCCUUGGAUGCGUGUUGCUCUGAUAGACUCCUUCACCACAGAAUGUUUGGGAGAUACUAAAACGCUUGAAUCCAAUAUGGGCACCAUAAUGACCAAGAUAAGUGUCUCCAGCUCUGCCACAAAUCCCUCAAAAAACCCAGCCACUGCCGCCACGCGUAUUAAUCCCAAAAUUAACUGCUUAGUGAUGAGAAAGCCUGAUAGAGAGGAGGAGAGGGGCAAAGAGGCAGAUACUCAAUGGGCAGAGGAGGAGAAGAGGAGAAGGGGGUGGAGCAGUGCACAGCAAGAAGAAAAGUCUACCACGGUGAAAAAGGUUAGUGUUCCAUCUUGCGGGGGUAUGGGCUCAGCUUGCGGGGGUAUGGGCUCAGCUUGCGGGGGUAUGGGCUCAGCUUGCGGGGUGCGAUGGAGCUGCUCUUACUCCUCUAUCCAGAAGCCAAACAAAGAGAAGGAGAACAUGAAGCUCACUAGAGUGAAACGCGCUGCCUUGGAAAAUUGA